AUGUCCGAGGGUACCGGCAUCCUGGCGCUCCCCGACUCGGUGUUGGGCAGAAUCUGUUCGCAGUUCUGCCCACACUGCGUCGGGGAGGACUGCGUGGGCGGCCUCGCGCUGCCCGACCGCUACUGGGGUCCAGAGUACUUCGGUACUCUGGACGCCCUGACCAAGGUCAACGUCCGGAUCGGCCGCCUGGCCCAGCAGGCGCGCCUCCACGUCUUCUGCGCCCGCCGCAACUCCCUCCGCCGGCUCGUGCGCACGCUUCUGGAGGCCCCAGCGCUCGCCGAGCACAUCCGCGUAGUCCGACUGGGCUACAAGGACAGCGACGGAGAUGAGCGCUGCAUCCUGCGGGAGCUGGCCACCCGGGAGGCUGUCCAGAGGCUUGGCUCGCUGGCGGCGCCGGAGGCCGGUGCCGGCUUCGACUUCUCGUCCAUCCUUGGCGAGAAGCGCCUGAUGGCCAAAUUUUAUACUCUUCCGGGAGUCGAGGACUCGUUCGUUUGGGUCCCCCGGAUCCCGGAUCCCCUCUGGGGUCUCCCGCCGAUGUGGAUCCCCGUCGCGGGUUGCUUGGCCACGCAGCCCCGUCCCGUCCGAGCCAUUGACCUCACCGCCAAGGCGCGCCUCCACGCCUUCGUCCUCUUCAAGCUGGCCAAGAACAUCACCUCGGUCGCCAUCCAGAGCGAUUGGCCGCUUGGACUGUUCCCCGCCACGAAGGCCCCGAAAAUUAUAGUGAAGCAGGCCAUAACCGUCGAGCCCGGCUGCCUGCCCAACGUCGAGGAGCUGCGCCUGGACAGCGGCUAUGAGAACCCCAACCGCCACCGCCACCCCCACCGCCACGGCCAAAUGGUCAUCGUCGACGUCCGCAAGAUGACCGGCCUCCUCUCGCGCGUCCCUAACCUCCGCACCCUCCGGAUUCGCGGCGCUCACUUCACCUUUCCGGCUGAGAAAUCCGAGCUGGUGCGGCCGGUCCUCACCAACCUGACCACCCUCGACCUCACUUCGGUGGACCAGGACACCUUGACCUCCAUCCUGGCCUACUGUACGCCCGCCAACCUCAAGCAUUUCCGCUUCACCAUCGACAGCGUCGGGCGCCGUAACCUCUUCCGCCCCGGCGACGAAAUGCGAGGGCACAACAUCAUUGACCUGCUUGAGUCACACAACUUCGCCGCCAGCCUCGAGAGCCUGCACAUCGACACGACCAAGAACAUCCUCUUGGCCUCGAGGGACCCCAGAGAUUUCUGCCGCGACGGGUACGAGACGAUCGAGUCGCUCCGGUCCUUCACCGCACUCCGCCAUCUCUCCAUCUCGGCCGAGAACAUCUACUUCCCGUCCGGGUACCCGCGGGUGCUACUGCGCGACCCGUACACCGGCGACGAGGACGCGGGCCAGAGGCUGGUCAGCUUCCUCCCGCGCAAUAUCGAGAGCGUCGAGAUCACGGGUGUCUACGCGAUACACGUCAAGGACGUGGAGCAGCUGGCAGCGGCGUGUCGCAACACCGACACCACCAUGGCGGGGACGGAUGAUGAUGCCCAGUUCUGCUUCCCCAACCUGAAGCGCGCGGUCGGCGCCGAAAUCAAUGCGCACAUAGCCUCGCUCUUCCGGGAGGCGGGCGUUGACUAUCACUUCGACCGCCCCGAGUUCUUUUUUGACCAGUACGCUGGCGAUUUUGAUGAGAUGGAGAUCUGA